AUGGCAGCUACAACAGCAUCUGCAAGCGCAAGCGAGCAGCUGCACGCGACAUGCAUAAAGGCACUCAAGGAGGAACACAAAAUCCAGUUUCAGCUCGAAGCUUUGCAUCUCAGGAUCAAAAAGCUGCGCCGCCACGGCAGAGACCUCGAUCUCAGGGCUGAAGCUGGUCAGAAUGCUACAGAGGAUGCUGUGCAAACAUAUGCGAAAGACUUAUGCCUGAAUAUUUGUACCAAGGUUCACCAGACCUUCCCGCGCGAGAUCAGAGACAUGAUCUACGGCUACAUCACGGACUGCGAGGAAUUGACGGUCUCCGAACUACCACCGCGCCCCUACUCACGCAAGGAUGUGCGACGCUCGUAUUUCUCUCAGACAGCCAGACCCAAGCUCGGCACCAUUUCCCGAAACCAGACCCUGACUACUGGUGGCUGGCAGAAUUCCUUCCAGUUCAAGAACAGUUUGGAAGUCAUUCCCAAGUUCCGGAUCACAGACCAGUGGAAGCUAGACUUCCUGCCUGUCUCUUUUGUCUCCAUCGUAGAAGUGGUCAUUACGUGCGAUGGCCACAACUUCCAGGCAUACAAGGAAAAUCCAUGGCAUGAAGUACCGGAGCAGCCAGGCAGUAUGUGGGACACCGUCGCUGACGAUGAAUGGGAUACGCGCCGUCCCAUUCUUAGUGGUAAGCUCGCUGACAUUCCAACACCUGAGCUCCUCGUCUAA